AUGAUCAGUUUUAAAAUCCUCAAGAUUAAGGCAAGUGAAAAUCUUUCAAUAUGUAUGCUGAUUGAGCACGAUUGUCUCUGCUAAGUCAAGCUGAACUCAGGCUUCGAUGAAUUUGGAGGCAGAGAUAGCAAUAUUAAUUCAUAAAAUAGAAAUCUAAACAUAAUGAAUGAGGAAAAUCACAAUUUAGCUUCAUCUGCAAAUUUAAUGAAUCCAUAAUCACAGAUUAACCUCGAGAGAAUAUUAAUUGUAGAAUUCUAGCAAUUGCCAUUGAUAAUUAACGGGAUAGAUGAGAUAAUUUUUGAUAGAUUUGAAAGGAAUGUAUUCUAUGCUGUAGGAGUAAAAAACAUGAAUUUUGAAAAUAGUUAAUAUGAAAAUGAUCAGUAAGGAGAGAUAUCAGAUCAUGUAAGGAUUGAAAAGUUCUUCAUUGAGAAUGACUCGUUUUCAUCGAAAACUUAAGCUUUCCUCUAAAUGGCUAACAAAGAAGAGGAAGUAUUGUAAUAUAACAUAGCCUAGAAUUAAGAAAAAGUAGCUAUACUAACUGAUAGAUCUAACAUUUACAUUUACAACAUCUCUGAUUUGGAGCAAAAACUGUCUAACACUAUGAAAUCACAGUAAAACAAGAACUAAAAUCGUCUACAGACUAAUGAGAAUUUACAUUGCUAUGAAGAGUCAAAACAUACGACUGUGACUAGAGAAUAUAAUUUCAAAGACAGUAUGCACACUCAAGAAAUGGUAACUUAGAAUAUGAGUGCAUUAGAUAAAACACCUUUAAAUAGAACAAAUAACAAUCAAAAUAGACAAACUGAGCAAGAUGACGACGGAGAUGACAUCAAGCCUUUAACACCAAUAGCCAAAAUAAUAAAAAUUGGAGAAGAGAUUUCUGAUAUGAAAUGGAUUUUAAAUGAUGCAUUUCUCAUGAUUGUUACUAGAAACAAUAACCUAAUUAUCUUUGAUAGUCUGCUAUAUGCCUUCAAUCUUUCUCAUAAGAACCAAAAUAGCGUUGGAACACCUUCCAAGUUUCUCUAAAUUAAUCUUAAAGGAUAAAUUGCAAAGUUAUAGAGUGAAAAUAACAUCUAUUAAAUAAAGGGAUUUUAGUAGCCUUAAACAAAUAUGGGUAUUCAUCUUUAAAAUCAAAACUAAUUUGACCCCGAAACAUGGCUUAGUUCUGCUCUUCAGCUAAUUAACUACUGUUUAUUAAAUUCUAAUGUACUCACAGGCUAAUAGAUAACCAAGGUUAAGAUAUUUUAACUUUACAAAAUUAGUCAUUAGCGACAAGACUUUGACUAUUUUAAUCACACCAUUGAAUACUUCUUUACUAAAUUGUGUUUGAAAUAUCUUUCUCUCAAAAUGUAUGAGGAAGCAUUAUAUAUCGCUUUUGAAAUGGACUCUGCAAAUUUGCUUAAUUAGAUUAAAGUACUAGCAAAGAAAUAGAGAAAUACGAUAAUAUAGGGAUUGAUUGAUUUUCAUAAAGAAAAGAAUAACCCUGGCUCAAGUGCUAACAGCCUUAUGAAAUCUCUAAUUCAGAUAGCUAAUUUUUCUAAAAAGCAGUUAAAAAAAGAAGACUUUAGUAAUUUAUAUAAGGAUUUCGAUACUUUAUUGAGGAUUGAUGAUAUCUCUGAUUUGGAAUUAUCUGAUUUUAAUUCUUGGGAGAUUAAUCUAGAUGAUUACUAGAAGGCUCUUGAUUUUGAAUUUGAAGGUAAAUUUGAAGAAGCAAUGAAGAUCUAUGAACAAAAUAAUCUGAAUAAUGAUAUUUUCAGAGUUAAGUCUAUUUUGAAUGAACUAUCAAAGGAGGUCAGAGAAGGGGAAAGGCAUCUUAUCUUUGAGGAUAUUAAAAAGUUUAUUAAUAAUUGA